AAUACAAACGCUUGGGAACUUCGUACCCCAAGUGGAGCAAUUGCGCUAUAGCUACGUCAAGCAUAUGAACCACAUUGGCUUCCUUAGUCUUCUGUCCAUCAUUUUUCUAAUCUUUGGGGUUUGCACAGGCUACACUCAUUUCUAAGGCACCAUGGCCGACGCCGACGGCAAGAUGAAGGACCUCUCCAUAUCCGAGACGAAGAAGAAGGACCGUACUCCAAAGACAACAGCCAAGAAACCACAGCAGCAGAAAAAAAAGAUUGAAGGUGCAGCUCUAAUUGGCAUCGAUGUCGCCAAAGACGAUGAUCUUGGUGAAUGGUACCAGCAGGUUAUUACAAAGGGUCAAAUGAUUUCCUACUAUGAUGUUGCCGGAUGCUACAUCCUCGAACCCGCCUCAUACGCUAUCUGGGAGUCUAUCAAGGCUUGGUUUGACUCUCAGAUCAAAACCCUCAAAGUCCGAAAUGCAUACUUCCCCAUCUUCAUUAGCGCCGACAACCUAGAGCGAGAAAAGGAGCACGUCGAAGGUUUUGCUGCCGAGGUCGCGUGGGUGACCAAGGGAGGUAAAUCGGACCUGGAGAAACCAGUGGCCGUUCGUCCCACCAGCGAGACUGCCAUGUAUCCUUACUUCGCUAAGAAGAUACAAUCACAUCGAGACCUUCCCCUCAAGCUAAACCAGUGGAAUAACGUCGUGCGAUGGGAGUUCAAACAUCCUAUGCCUUUUAUUAGGUCGCGCGAGUUCUUAUGGCAAGAGGGUCACACAGCCCAUCUUACUAAAGAGGAGGCUGGCCUUGAGGUACGGCAAAUCCUCGAUUGGUACGCGGAUGUUUACCAAGAGCUCCUGGCUGUUCCGGUCGUGAAAGGACAAAAGACUGAGAAUGAAAAAUUCCCUGGCGCAGACUACACUACCACUAUUGAAGGUUUUAUUCCAGCAACAGGCCGUGGUAUUCAAGCAGCCACCUCUCACUGCCUAGGACAGCAUUUUUCAAAAAUGUUCAACAUUACAGUCGAGGAUCCAAACGCAAAGGAGGCUGGGAAGUCCGAGCACAUUUACGUCUGGCAAAAUUCAUGGGGCCUCACUACGCGUUCAAUUGGUGUCAUGAUUCUCACUCAUGGUGACAACCGCGGGCUGGUCAUUCCCCCAAGGGUUGCUGAAGUCCAAGUCGUGGUCAUUCCGGUCGGAGUGACGGCAAAGAUGACCCCAGAAGCCAAGGCAGAUUUGUACGAGAAGGUUAAAAACAUCGCAGAUGAUCUUAUUUCGGUUGGGGUCCGCGUCGAGACCGAUUAUCGCGAAGGUUAUUCUCCAGGAUGGAAGUUCAACGACUGGGAACUCAAGGGGAUUCCUCUUCGAAUCGAGUUCGGCCCGAAAGAUGCGGAGAAGGGUGUCGUCACUACCUCGCGUCGAGAUAUUGAUAACAAGGACCAAGCUCGAGGCGAAACCAUGGUUGACAACCUCAAGGAAGCCAUCCCUAAGCUCCUGGAAACUAUCCAGACCGAUAUGUUCAACAAAGCUGAGAAAGCGUACCGCGAGCACCGGGUCCAGCUCACCGACUGGGAAGAGUUUGUCCCUACCCUCAACGGAAAGAACGUCGUCCUUGUUCCGCAUUGUGAGGGCGAGAAGUGUGAAGACGAAGUCAAAGACAUGAGUGCCAGAAAAGAGAUCGGAGACAACGUCGCCGAGGAUGCAAAGGCCCCUGCUAUGGGCGCAAAGAGUCUGUGCAUUCCUUUCGAACAGCCAGAGGGCAUCAAGGAGGGCCAGACGAAGUGUAUCAACCCCAACUGCAAGAACUUUGCAAAAGCUUGGGUACUAUUUGGCAGGAGUUACUAGAGAAUUCUGCUUCAUCUGUGGCUCUUUUAGGAACCAACAAAUGUGUAUCGCCUUUGCUGAUGAAGUUACCGGGUGUGGUUUCAAUGUUCCUAGAAAUCUUGAAGUGAAUGAGGAUAGGAGGUAGUGGCUACCACCACUAAGCGCGUAUGAUAGACAACAAUUCAGACAAUUCGCGGCUGGGUGCUGGAUACAUGCUAUUAUAACCCAUUUCGUUUACAUAUUUAGAUUAUUGUGCCUUUUCCUACCUUCUCUUCACGUCUAUCUUUAUUGCCGCAG